GCGUCAUUCCUGGUCACGCACUGCACGGAACAGUUGAAGAGCAAUGGCUGGAAACGUGGAUCAGAUGGUGACGGUCGGAGAGGAAGAGAGACCCAUCUCCAGGUCAGACAGUGGUAGUGGCGAGGAUUCCUUGGACAGUUUGUUCUCUCGGCUACCAUUAACUCCAUCUCUUUCUCCACGGAAAAGAACAACAAGCCAAAGUAAAUCCGAACCACCACUUCUAAGGACGAGCAAGCGCACCAUCUACACUGCAGGGCGACCUCCCUGGUACAAUGAGUCAGGAACUCCAUUUAAAGAAGCAUUUGUUAUUGGUUUCUGCUAUGAGCGGAUUGACUGGUCAAUCAUUCACAGUGCCUGGAGUAGUUUUGAUCCAAGUAGUCUAGAUAAGGAUGGGUUGUUUCUACUGGACAUUUAA